AUGAUACCCAUGAUGAUAAAUUCUAUUCGCAGACGGCCACUUGCAGCAUAUAUCACUUUAAGAUCGAAAACCACCGCCGCACAGUAUGUAGAAUCGAGAGCCAGGGACGCUGUGUUUGAGAAAUUCAUGGACAAGUACAAAAACCUCCUGAAAGUCAUUGCCAUCCAAGACCUUAUUCUUUCAAACCCCACUAGAACCCCACCUUCAGUCUCCCUUGAUUUCCUCAACAGACUCUCCCAGAAGCUACACCUGAAUCGUGGGGCAGCCUCUUUCCUCCGUAGAUACCCUCACAUUUUCGACAUCUACUAUGAGACAACGGUCUCUCAGCCCUUUGUCAGACUAACUGAUGUUGCUACACAGAUUUGUCGUGAAGAAGCCGAGGCAAUCACUGCAACAUUGCCAGCUGUUGUGGACCGGUUGAUUCUGCUUUUAUCCAUGUCUAAGUCUAAAUCUUUGCCACUCCGUGCCAUCUUCAAGGUUUGGAAGGAGCUCGGGCUUCCGGAUGAUUUUGAGGAUUCGGUUAUAUGUCAAAACCCACAUAUUUUCUCACUCCAGGAUGCCCAUGAACCUCACACACACAUCUUGAAGUUGGUGGAUGAGUUUCCCUUGCGUCAUCUUAGGCCUGCAGUUGAGGACUGGAGGGUCACAGAGUGUAGUAAGGAGAAAAGUGAAAUGAAUAGUCCUGUUGAAAUGCAGUAUUGCUUCAAGCAUCAAUACCCAUCUGGAAUGCGCCUGAGCAAGAAUUUCAGGGCUAAGGUGAAGGAAUGGCAGAGUCUGCCUUAUAUGGGUCCUUAUGAAGAGCUGAGGGAGAUGAAGCCAUCUAAGGUGGGGAUGAGAAGACUUGAGAAAAGAGCAGUUGCUAUUGCCCACGAGUUCUUGAGUUUGACAGUUGAGAAGACGAUAGAAGUUGAGAAGAUCAGCCAUUUCAGGAAGUGGUUUGAGAUUGAGUUGAACAUGAGAGACUUGUUCUUGGAUCAUCCAGGGAUUUUUUACUUGUCUACAAAGGGCAAGAGACAUACAGUAUUCCUUAGGGAAGCUUAUGAGAGGGGUCGAUUGAUUAACCCUAAUCCUGUGUACAAUGUAAGACGAAAGCUUUUAGACCUUGUCGUUAUGGGACGGCAUCAAUUUCCUUGCGAUAAUUGA